AUGGAAUAUAUAAAAGGAUUUCUCCCGUGGCCCACCACCCCCGUCCCAGGCGUCCGCCUCUCCGCCUCCGGCCUACUCGCCCUCGCCGACCUCAGCACAAUCGCCAACCGCACCGCCAUAACCGGCACCUCAACAUGGCUCGACAUGCUUGUCCUCGCCCCCGGCCUGCACAACCAGCAGCGCGCAGACACCCUCUCUGACCUCCCAAACCCGCUCACUCAACCCCUCCUCACCACCCCCGCCCACCGCCCUACCAGCCUCACAAACGCAGCUACGAUCCGCUACCUCGCGCGACUCGGCGCGGGUUCCCGUCCUGUCACACUUCGCGUCGGGUCGCCGCGCACGCAAUCCCUGCGCAGGACCGUUAGCACGGUUUCGUUGAAGCGCGUUCGUCAGACCCCGCGGCCCAGUCUGAUGGCUCCACUCCUGUAUAUCACCGCCCUUUUAUUCACCGUUGGCGCAAUGGCACUCAUGGUCUUGACGCGCGACUGGUGGGGUGUAGGGAUCCUGAGUGCGCUGAUGCUUGCUCGUGCGCUGAAUAUCUGGAUUAUCCGCUCCCGCACGUCCGGGGGCGCACCGCCAUCCGCGCAGGCUUCUAUGCAGGCAUCUGAGCAGGCAUCUGGGCAGGCGUCUGCGCCGACGUCUGCGCCACCAGGAUCGCCGCCCCCUACGCCGGCGGAUGCGGAGCCCGAGAGCUGGAAAGUCAAGAUUGAUGGGGAGAGGGAGAUUUGUCUUCAUGGCAUGGCUGACGACCUAGAGGCUUUGACGGGGGGUAUCUGGAUGCGUGGGAAGACUGCUGUGGAGGGGUACAUAGAGGCGGCGGCGAAGUUGAUUGUCUAUCUUGUUGCGGCGUUUAGUGGGAAUAUGCACCAGACGGGUGAUAUGGUACUGCUUCUGCUGCUGUUGUUUUCGGCGGGCUUGCUGGCGUUGAGUAAUUCGAGGGAGGACCGAUUCUGGAUGAAUGGACGGUCGGCGGUUAUUAUUCCUGGGUUUGCUGAGGUCAUGGAUGGGCUUGCAACGCCGGAUUGGGGGGGGACGACGGAUGGUGGGGACGAUAUGAAGGGCGGUGGUGAUGGGACGCCGGGGAGCGUGAUGUCUGUGUGAAUUACGGGUUUUAAUGGUGGGAUUAUCACGGAUUGCGGGAGUCUUUGCGAGGUUCUUGGAGUAUUUGAUAUGGUGUCCGUUCAUGGUACCCGGCUGGUUUUGGAGAGGUUAUCAAUUUUUGGAGCGACGAGCGACGACCAUUAUGACUUAUCACGAGAGUUCCUGGGGCGCAACGGGUUAUAUAUACCCUCUGCGAACGCAUGUUUAUCUUUAGAACACCACAGAAGUCAUAGACUUAGAUAUAUAUAUUAAAAACGGGAAAAUCGCCUGGCUGGG